AUGCUGAGGUUUCUAUAUAGUUCGAGUUUUUAAUUUUAAUUUAUUUUUCUGUUGAAAUUUUUUUUCAUCCAGCACGCGGUUGAUUUUUUGGUUAUUUUAUUUUUGAAUAUUUUAAUUUUAUUCGAUACCUCCAUCAGAUACGAUUUUAAUAUCGUGUUUCGCAUUCUGUCUAUAUUCAUCGUGAUAUUGGUAGAAUGACGCAAAACUGAUUGUGUAUAUAUCUUUAGCAAGUCUUGUCAGUGGAAGGAAGACAAAAAAAAUACAUAAGCAACAAGAGAAACUCCUCCGCAUGCGAAAAAAAAGUAUCAUCAGCACGCGGGGAGGUAAAAUAAUAGCCUAAUAGUGCAUAGUUCCCGUUUGGCCGCUGUUGCUCGUGUUCUGAAUUCGGGAACUGCUAGUAGUCGGAAGAAAACAGUACAAUCGAAGUGUUUCCCGUGUGCGACAGAAGGUGUUUUGAUGUGUUUUUGUUUUCACUACACCAUUCCUCCGCGACAAACGAUAGGAACAGCUCCUGCGUACGCAAAAAGUACGUGGAACAUCCGCGCAAGGCGAACGCAUCAAGAGUAGAAGCAGCAGUAGGGUACACAAUCACACAAAUUGCCAGUCUCCUUCACUGAUAGGUACGUCGGGGUCGUAUUUCUUGAUGUGUCGAAUACGGGAAGAACGUGAGCUACAGGGCAGUGUUGAGCGCGAUUGAAGAAUCCGGCACGUAUUACCGUAAUCAGCGUAUGGUAAUGUCGUGCCUGUUGCAUUAGGAGGUCGAGUAAAACGCGUGUUCGUUUUGUGCCGUCGUCUUGCCUACGAAUAAUACUCACCGUGUUUUUGGUGUACCGUCUUCUUGUGUGUAUAAUGUGUAUAUAUGUGUGUACGUGCGCAAGCAUCUAAUCGUGCUUUUCUUACACCAAGCGAAAACCCUACAAACUAGCUUGUACACAUUCUAUAGUGAAGCGAGCGAUAAGCUUGUUGUUAACAUAUUUUUCUGUUUCCCCAUUAUUCGAAAGAAUCUCAAUCGCUAAGGCACUAUCACCAUUUUUCGAAACAAGCAACAACGAUCGCCAAAGGUGUUUGUGUGAGUGCCGUAUGUGUGUGUGUGGGACGCAAUAGGCCCAGCCAAACCCCGCGCGCGAAUGGUGGCGCGGAAUCCGUACGGAUUCAACGUGAAGUACCCGGGAAGCGAACAUUCUUAACGCGGUUCCAUUUGCUAAAGCGAUGCUGGCUUGGUAGAGGCAGUGUUCCGGGGUAGGAAGCUGUAGUAGUAGUAGACACGUAGUGGUUGCAUUCGUUACAAACAAAAAAAGGCCUGUUUGUGUGCAGCUUAAGGAACGGAACAAGCUUACCGCUUCAUUUGUAAAGGACAGCUGUAACGACGGUACAGAGAAACCGUGGAAAGCGUUCUAAAGAAACAUACAACAAAUUCAAAGCGGUAUUAUUCCAGAGCUGCGGUGUGCCAGGCUUCAAAGGGUUGUAUUGUCAUUUGCCUCCGGCAAUUCAAAUCAGAAGGACACCGGAGUAGCAGCGCAGUAUCUUUCCUUUCGCACACGCACACGCACACACACACACACGCUCUUUCACUUCGCCACAUCCGUAAUGCCGCUGUUUGGGAAAAAAGAUUCGGGCAAGAAAAUACGCAAGGACGUUAAGGAUGGAUGCGAAAAGCUGCCCAGCAUCGAUGACAAGUACGUCAUCAAGGAGCUGCUCGGGACUGGUGCAUUCUCCGAGGUGCGGCUGUGCGAGCACAAAGAGACGGCCCAACAGUACGCGGUCAAGAUUAUCGACAAGAAAGCGCUCAAGGGCAAGGAAGACUCGCUGGAGAAUGAAAUACGCGUGUUGAAGCGGUUCAGUGCUCGGCGGAGUGAUGGCAGCGGCGUACAGAGUACGGGGCCACCGAUCGGGGGUCCUCGUUUUGCACACCCGAACAUUGUGCAGCUGCUGGAAACGUUCGAGGAUAAGUCGAAAGUGUAUCUGAUCAUGGAACUGGUGACGGGUGGCGAACUGUUCGAUCGGAUCGUCGAGAAGGGUUCGUACACCGAGCGGGACGCGUCCAAUCUUAUCCGCCAGGUACUGGAGGCCGUAGACUACAUGCACGAACAGGGCGUCGUGCAUCGGGACCUGAAACCGGAAAAUCUGCUCUACUACAGCCCGGCGGAAGACAGCAAGAUCAUGAUAAGCGAUUUCGGCCUGUCGAAGAUGGAGGAUUCCGGGUUUAUGGCGACCGCGUGCGGCACACCCGGCUAUGUAGCGCCGGAGGUACUUGCACAGAAGCCGUACGGCAAGGCGGUAGACGUAUGGAGCAUAGGCGUCAUCUCGUACAUCCUGCUGUGCGGGUAUCCACCGUUCUACGACGAGAACGACGCUAACCUGUUCGCUCAAAUUUUGAAGGGCGAGUUCGAGUUUGAUUCACCGUACUGGGACGAAAUAAGUGAUUCGGCGAAAGAUUUCAUCCGCAAUCUGAUGUGCGUAAACGUGGAGAGGCGAUUCACCUGCAAGCUGGCACUGGCUCAUCCCUGGAUAUCGGGCAAUGCGGCGAGCAGUAAGAACAUCCACGGUACGGUGUCCGAGCAGCUGAAGAAGAACUUUGCCAAAUCGCGCUGGAAGCAGGCCUAUCACGCGGCAACCGUUAUACGCCAGAUGCAACGAAUGGCGCUGAGCAGUGGUGGCAGCGGUACGGGUAGCGGCGGCGGUGCGUAUGGCCGCAGCUCGUCACGGAUAAGCAAUGCCCCGGCGGACGGCACACCGGCGGGUGGUGCCGAUGAACGACCAGCCGGACAAACAGACACUACUGCAUCCAGCAGUAAGUAAUAGUUGGUCGUCUGUUAUCUGCUCUGCUAGCUUAAAGGGAAGCGAACGCGAACUAGUAGCUAUAGUAGUAUGGCAAGAUGGAUGUGAUUGCAGGCCCGUGUUGUUGUUCGCCUAUUGUUUUAUUUACUUGAUACUCCUUUCCUUAUAUGUUUUAACAUGUUUGGGGUUAUUCGUUUUUUUUUUUGUUAGAUGGUCAACAUUUUUGUUUUGUUUUUCUCUUCAAUUUUCAUUCCGCUUCUGUCCUCGUGUGUGUCUAUUUUCUUUCCACUAAACCAACCGCAUACAUGAUGGUUUUUCUGUAUGACAGUGUACUAUACUAGAACAUUACAAUAUUUGGGGCAUAGCCACAUAGCAGAAGCGUUUUUUGUGCAUUUUGUAAAGAAGGGACUGUAGCACGAUAUGUUUUAACGUUAACGCAACGUCUCCCCAAGAGUCUUGGUCAAAAUCCACCGACAAUUGAGGACUGGUAUUUAAUUGUACAACAUCACCGUAAAAUCCUACCGACGCAUGUUUAUCUGAACUGGCAUACAUCACAAAAUUGAGUACCCAUCGGUAAUAGGCAAAUUGGAUGUUAAAUUUAGUAUAAUUCGCCGCUCUAUACCGUCGUACAUGUUUUGUACUAAAAUAUUAGUACAAUUUUAACUUCAUUCUAAUGGCCCCUUGAACAUUCCGUGUACGUGUUGCGGGGGUUUUGCUUAAAAUUAUUCUAAAGUUCUAUACGUUACUAAAAGCUGUGAGUUUUCAUGAACAUGUAGGUAUACUACUGGCAACAAGUACUUGAAUGUCUGGUUUUAUUUCAUACAAAAUUUAAACAACCAGACAAUACUUACUUACACCAGCCGUUAACACAUGUGCGAAGUUGUUGUAUGGCAUUUGUGUAAUACAAAUGUAAAACAUUAGACUUUUGUGCAAAUUACUUAUCCAAAGCUACUUAAUCAUUCGUAUGCUCGUACUAGAGACAGAUUAAAUUUCUCCCAUCCAAAACGCAAUCUGUUUAUUUUUCAAAAUUGCAAUAAUUGAUUUAAUUGAAAUGAGCUGUGUUUACACUUGCAAAGAAACACGAGACAUGCAGAUAUCAAGGUUAUCUAUGUUGACAUCGAAUUCGUUCCUUUUCUAAUAAUAAAUGUGUUGAUCGUUUGUCCUACCCAUUAACGAUAAGAUGCAAAUGGGCUGAGCGAAAUAUUCAUAUCGAUAUGGCAGCUUAGCAGCUCUACACUGUGCUUGGGCGCUUAUUCUAAACGUAAAUUUUGUUCGUUCCACACGACUAACGAUUCUUCGGUGUACUCUGCCAUAAAGGCGCAAACUAACUUGUAUUCACUUCUGGACGAUUUUUUCCCCUUUUUUGCCAGUAGCACUAAGGAAUGUGUUAUGUAGGCUUGUGUUUUCUUUUUAUUAAAAAAAGACGACAUUGAAUUGAUCGCUAUGAAACCAGGUUGAUAUUUUUAAAAGUGUAUGUUUUAUCUUACUCUGCUUCGAAUGAAGACGAUAAUCGUUCUAAUUAAAAAUUUAUUCGUGAUAAUCGUCUUAAAUAAAGUUCGUGCUUGCGGUUGGCGAUGUUAGUUAACUCCCGGCGGGAUGUUUGUUCAACGAGCAUCUAAUAUACACGUGAUUGGUAGUGCCGUCGUUUGCCAGUUUGAGCGUAAUGAUUAAACAUUGUCAAGCUUUUCCAAGUAGUGUAAGUAGUCAACAAAAAUAGUAAAAGAAGCUUUCGGGGCAAAUAUGUACGAGUAGCUAAGAAUCUACUGUUUUACACAUGACGCAUGAACACGUUGAAAUGGAGUUUUAAUCAGUCCGCCAACAAAAUAUAUACUAUUUUAAGCGCCGGUCGUGUUACAAGGCACAACGACACUAGUGUUACUGCUAAUGAAACUAUCAAUAGAUAUUUCGAAACUCUUCUUCCCUUCCAGUAUAAAUGCGAUAAUGUGCUAACGGAUUAAGAACGAGUCGAAAAACAACUGAAUAACGAAUCCAUAUCAUUCACAUGACGUAACGAUAAAAUCUCUCUGUACUUUGUUUUUGUGUAUACCUAUUUACUAUCCUUCUUCGUAUAUGUGAUCUUGUUCAAUAUACUUUCCACAUUAGUUUUUUUUAUACUUUGUUAAUUAGUAUCCUUUCCACGAACAACGGCUGGAGAAGAUUAUCACUAUGGCGGGGGAGGGGGGGUUUAAAACACGGCCAGGAAGCGUUACACUUUUUGUGAAUACAUAAAGCUCGCCAAAUCCCUGUUGAAUGAACUUAAACACAUCCUGAGCACCCUUGUGCGCGGUGUGCUUGUUGUUAGUCCUAUAAUGGUACAUACGAAGGAAGCUUAAUCGCUUAAAGAUUUUAUUUACAGUCGCAGCUUACGAGAAAUUUUGUGUGAUGAACGAAAUAAAACAAAGAGUGCAGUGCUGUAAGAGACCUAAACACAGCGGUAAAAUGGCAUAUAAGUAACACUAAACCUAAUCGCGAUAACAAUUGUUCGCUUAAGAUCUUGAGUACGACCACACUACACGCAAACCAUCACCUCAAUGUUUGUUAACUGCAAAAGUUAAAUUGUGCAUGUUAAAUCUUGUUCACUAAUUGUCGCCUUUGAAACGAAGGGUUUUAGUGUGCUGGUGGUCGAUGGGAAUAACAGGCAAAACGAAACGAAGAAAAAAAAGAUAUACUUAACAAUUAAUGGCGCCAAAGUGAGGUGACAAAAGUUUAGUAAACGAACGCAAACAAAUCACUAGCAAACAUUAGCUACUAACAGAUGAAGCAGAACAGAAACACAUGCGCAAUAAAUGUUUGUACUGAGACUGCGGAAGCAGCAGCAGUUCAUAUUCGUUUUUAGAACAACACAAGAGUGGACGUGCAGGUGAGCUUUUAGGGCCAGAAAGCAUAAACUACUAACUCUAUUUCUGCUCCCGUACUUAACACUGUGCUUGCAGGCAAAAUGCCAAGAUGUAUGAACAAUUUGAUGAGGACAAGCAAACUUUGUACAGUGAUAGAAAGAGUAGUUACUUGUGGUGCGGACAAGCAAAGAUGAAACAAACAAAACAAAACACAACAUGAAAGACUUAAGGCGAAAGAGAUAGAGCUUUUUAUAUACAACUUUAUUUCCAUGUGUCCCCAUGUGUCGUACCAUGUUCCACCGGUGGUAAGGUAUAACUUGUGUGUAGACAUAACGAGGUAAAGGUGGAGAACGCCCGCAGAACGAUGCCCUGUAUAAGGCAACACUACUACUAACAUUCCAUUUCUGCUGUACUAAAACAAAGACUUAACGAACAAACAUUAGCACACUAACAUUAUUAGUACUGUCACGCUUGUCACCCUUCCGUUACAGGGAUGUGCAUUUUUUGUUCUUCUCUCCAUUCCGAAUAGUCUGUGUUAUUCUUAACGGCAGGACGAUUUCACCAUAAAGUAUACUUUUCUUUUGCAAACCCCCUUCGUGUCUCUAGGAGGUUAAUGUUUUCGCCCUGAGCUCGAGCGUUUUAGUACACUUUCAAAUCAUGCUGAUGCGCAUUAAGUUCCUACACAAAAGGGUUAACAUUUCCUGGUUUUCGUUAGCUUAUGCACUACGACGCCACUGGCCAAUGUUUGCUACACGUUUCAAAUGUUUCCGUACGCGCAGACUUUGCCGCAUGCGCUCCAAUGUGCGCAUCAGCUUCCUAAAUUCCGACUGAUAAAGGAACUGAGAAGCACUUGUGCAAAUUAUCCUCCGGUCACGGAUUGACCUGAUGCGAGUGUGCUUGGCGAAAAAAAAAAUCAAGCUACGGGCAAAGAGAAGCAAAAAGAAAAGAAACAUACAUACGGUACAAACAAACAUAUAAAUACUGCAAAAAGAAUAACGCAACGUAAAGCAAGCAAAUACAAAAAAAAACACUAAGUGAAUCUCUCUUUAUAAAUCUCUCGAUGGUGUUCGCGGUCGGUAUCGCAGUAGCAAUGAAAUAUUUUAGAGCAUUUCUAACUAGCAUUCGGUUUAUUCGAUGUGUACCGGUAUGGUAUGUGUGUGCAUGUGCGUGUAUGUGUGUGUGUGUGCGCAUGAAGACAUGCCCAAGACCGGGUUUGUUUGCUUUAGCACACAAUUGGUAGCCGAAAGCAACAUAAGCGGGAAAAAGUAUAAUAAAUAAUAAUAAAACGAUCCGUCGUCUUACGUCAUCCAUCGUCCAUAAAGCGAGUAGUUGUUGAUUUGUUAAAAUGUCGGUACUGUGAACAAGGAAAAGAAAAAUAAAUAUAUUGCAAAACAAAACAAAAAUAUAUAUAAAACUAGUAAAAUACACGAAACUGUAAAGAAGGAGACAAACAAAGUGUAUAAGUUGACAUUCAAAAAGUAACAUAGCGAAAGCAACCAGCGUUGAUGUUUUAAGGGCAGUAUGUGUACCUUUAUUAUUACCAUAAAUAUACAUAUAUACAUACCAUACAAUACAUGUACGAAUAAAGUGAAGCUAAAUAUUUUUAAAAAUCUUAACAGAAGAACGAUGAUCACACACGUGUCGUGUCAGACAUAUUUGUAGCGUUGUAACGCGCGCUGGGCUGUUGCUGCAAAGGGCAACAAAACGCAGUGGAUGGAUGGUGGAAGUAAUUUGGUUUUUAUCUAACACUUUUAGAAACGCAAACGGCAUUAAAUGAUCCGAAACCCUUGUUGGUUAGGUUGUUUGUUUUUUUGUUUUGUUUUUGUUUUGUUUCCAUGUUUCUGUGGUUAAGUAGUAUGCGAGAAGAAAUAGUAUAAACAGGAGAGUAAACGAAUCUAACAAAACGGGCAUAGGGACGCAGUAACCAAUACCGAAUUCUGUAAAAGAAUGUAAGCUGACCGAAGAACUGGAAAACAUACUUAAUAGCAUGGGAAAUUGUAUGAAAGGCUCGAUAUAGGCGAUUAAUAGAAUGAUGGUAACGAUGACAGUAGUAGAUGAAGGAUGGAAAUAGAAAAUUCAACUAAUACAAUAAUUUUAUUAUGUGGUCUAUGAAUGUGAUCUAUAUUUAAAAAAUGAGAAAAAAAAGAAAAAGUAACAGCAAAAAAACCCUAGUACUAAAUAAGUAGAUGUUAUUUUUAAGAGCGGCAAUUCAAACAGAAGAUAAAGAAGAGAGAGAAAAACACACACAAACAUACAUACACACACAAACGGAUGGAAGGAAUGGAUAGGAAGAGUGUAGUGGAGGUGGACAGUGAAUGAGCUAAACAGAACGCCAAAAGGGCGGUUGAUAGUGAUGCGAUGCGCAGAGACAUAAGGGCGUAAGGGUUAGUAAAAGCUGAUAAAGCAAACAACACGCGGCACGCGGCGUGUAAUAGACAGACACUAUAUCAUAGAAGAAAAAAAAGAAGGAAACUACCAUCAUCAUCAUCCGUUUCGCUGUUGACGGGUUUUACAUUUCAAAGGCGUUGCAGAGCGCAGCGCUGUAUAAGUUGGCGAAAAGUUUAGCGAGUACAGACGAGCAGAACAAACAAACAAACGAAAAGAACAAUAGAGAAGCAAACAACAUCUAUACAUUAACAAACAAUGUAAACUAAACAAAAUGAAACAACAAACAAACAAACAAAAACAAACAUAUUAAAUAAUCUGGUUAUACGAGAUGCAGCUUGCUGAAUAGCAUUUAAUAAUCUCAAUAAACUCGUUCAUUGUGUAACUGAAAGCAGCCAAGCAUA